GUUAAAUCUAGUGAUUGUUGAGCUUUUGCAUGAUCUUAAAUAUGUACCUAGUAGACUAGAUUACAACGAAGUAGCUCGGGCUGCUCGACGAUGAGUCAAUUUCGAAAUGGUUGCGAGUAGAGUGCGUCACAUGCGAAGUAUCAUGGGCCCUCGACAGCACAGACCAGACAUCCCGUCUUGGAAAUCUCAUUGGACUAUCCCACAACACCGUAUGACAAAACAACUCACCUAGAACUGCCGCACACUACAUGGCUAGCCGACAUACAUACCGAUGAAACGAUGUCGUCGACCAAGAAGAUCGUCGAAUUCCCUGACGUUGAGGCGAAACUCCAAAAGCCGGGCAAGCAGUCAGCGUUCGAGCGCCAGAGGGCCGAAGCCGAGGCAAAGCGGCGACGGGAAGAGGCAGAGACAGCCGCCGUCUACGAGGACUUUGUCAAAAGCUUUGCACAUGACGAAGAGGAUGAUUUUCUGCGACGAUCCAAACAGCCGUCGUCGAGGUUUGGCUCCGGCGCGCCGGAGAGGCCAUCUUUUGGAAGCGGGACACCGUUCGGGGGCGGCACGGGAAAGCGGCACUUUGGCGUCCCGCAGGGCGCUUCGCUGAAGAGUGGCCCAGGGAGCCUGGGGCCUGCACCAUCUACAUUUGGGAAGAAGAGGUCCUACGAUGGCUUUCAGCGGGAAUCGGACGGGGGGCGCGGGAGAAUAGGGUUCGACGACCGGGAUUUCGGCGCGCUGCCCGUGUCCAAGGCCUUCGAUGCCAGCGACGACGAGGGAGACACCGCAACAGCCGACCGAGCCGAAGAAAAGGCAACCUCAAAGCCGACCCUGCGUCUGGCGAACAUACCGCCUGGAACAUCACCCGCAUUCAUCAAGUCCUUGAUCCCGUCCAAACUGACAGUCGAGAAUGUCAAAAUCGUGCCGCCUUCGGGGCCCAGUGGGACCGAACGAAAGUCGAUAUCUGCCAUUGUCACACUGUCAAAAGAGACGCCGGCGACAGAGAUCGAUAACGCCGUGAGCGCUUUGCAAAACCGUUACCUCGGUUUCGGCUUCUUCCUGUCCCUGCACCGGCAUCUCUCGUCUGCCGCGAUAUCAUCCGGCCUGUCUGCGCUGCCCGUCUCGACAGCCGUAUCGCAUCCGUUUGGCGCAAAGAGAGUCGAGGAGCGUUCAGGGAAGCCUGGGCCACAUCAUAUGGGUCAUGGUCGCGCAUUCGCGCCUCCCUCGUCAUACGGCCCUCCGGUGGGGGGUCCGCUCAGCAGGGGCGCCAUUCUCCACGUUCCUGUUCGUGCACCGCGGGACAUCAAGCAGCUACGCAUGAUCCACAAGGUUAUAGAGGCCGUGCUGGAACACGGCCCAGAGUUUGAAGCUCUUCUCAUGUCCCGUCCAGACGUGCAGCGAGACGAGAAGUGGGCUUGGAUUUGGGAUGCGCGCAGUGAGGGUGGCAUCUGGUAUCGGUGGAGGCUCUGGGAGAUUGUGACAGGCUCACAAUCGACACGGAGCAGCAAACCCUUGUACCUCCCUCUAUUCGAGGGGAGCCAUGCGUGGAAAGUGCCUGAACGGCGGCUGGCGUACGAGUACACGACAGAUGUCGAUGAGUUCGUCUCGGACUCAGACUACGAAUCGGCCGACGACGACGAGUUUGAGGAGGAGCAGGCUCGACAAGGCGACGCCGUCGAACAGGAAGACACGUUUCUGAACCCUAUCGAGAAGUUCAAGCUAGCACACUUGCUAGCUCGGCUACCAACCACAUUAUCCAAAAUCAGGAAAGGGGACAUCGCGCGGAUAACCGCCUUCGCCAUCACCCACGCCAGCCGGGGCGCCGAUGAAAUAGUAGAUAUGAUCGUUUCUAACGUUGAGCACCCGUUCGCAUACACAACGGCAAAUCCCGACUACAAACAGGGAGCAAAAGAGAAACAAGAGCGGGAAGAGGACUCGCGGGAUACGUCGCCGUCGGCAGAGGACAAGCCCGCCUCGGAUGGGCUUGAUAUGAGCGCCGCGCGGCUCCUCGGUCUCUAUGUCAUUAGCGACAUCUUGUCCUCUUCCUCCACUAGCGGGAUACGCCAUGCCUGGCGCUACCGGCAGUUGUUCGAGGUGGCGCUCCGAAGCCGCAAGACUUUUGAGAUGCUGGGCAUGAUGGCAGACAAGCUUAAUUGGGGCCGUCUGCGUGCCGACAAAUGGAAACGCAGCGUAGGGCUUGUGCUGAGCCUGUGGGAAGGCUGGUGCGUAUUCCCCAUCGAGACACACGAGUCCUUUGUCAGGAGUUUCGAGGAUCCGCCUGUACUCAAGAAAGCUGCCGAUGCAGCCGAACCGGAACGAAAAACGGGGCGAUGGAAGACGGUCGAUGCUGCCGCGGUUGACGGUGGUGAUAGUCCCGCGUUCUUACCGGUCUCCACGAAGCCCGCCGUCGACCAGGAUCUGGGAGAAGAUUACGUCGAGAACAUACUGUACGCAGACGGAUCCGAAGACGAACUAGACUCUGUUCGUCUGCAAUACCUGCCCAGCUUGGACGACGCGUUCUCCGAUCUGGAUCUCGACGGCGAACCAGACGAUGAUGGGUCUCAAAAGGAGUUGCCCGGUGGCGAUGUGACAACGGGGACACCGUUGUCACCCAAGCAAGACAGCAAAUCCGUUGGCGGCUUCCAAAUGUCAGCUUCCAAGCCGGCGCCCACUAGAAAGCGGGUGCGCGCCAUGGACAUGUUUGCCGAUUCUGAUUCAGAAGGGGCCACAUAAGGAAGGACGAGCGUGGGGUUACGUUCGGACUAUA